AUGGUGGAAAAUCUCACAGCAGCGGGGACAGAUGAGGAUCCGCCGCCGACUGCCCAGACUGUGUUCGGGGUGGUCCUUCUCGUGGCUUCUUUGACUGGCGUCCUCGGCAACGGGCUGGCUCUACAGGUUUGCCAGGCGCGUUUCACCCAGCUGGGUCACCUGAAGGCGCACUCCCGCAUCCAUACCGGGGAGAAACCGUACCAGUGUGGGACGUGUGGCGCCAAGUUCAGCCAGCUCGGUACACUCAAGGUCCACAUGCGGAUCCAUACCGGGGAGAAGCCGUACCAGUGUAAGACGUGCGACGCCCGCUUCACGCACCUCCGCUCGCUCAAACUGCACACGCUGCGCUCGCACAUGGAGGAGCUCACUCAAGCCGAGCAGGACCAACUCAAGCAGGACACCGGCACGGUCAGCAGCGCCUCACAGCGGGAGUCGCCGGAACCGCAGGCCGCUGCAAGUGCCGCCGUCUCUGCCUCUGGUGAUGAGUAAAAAACAAACAAACAAACAAACAAACAUAAACAGUCAUUUAUCAUGAUUUUAGGAAUGGUUGUAUCAUAUUGAGGAUCCUUGUUAUAUCAAACUGACAAUCUCUUGGAAAAUGUCACUUGGAAAAAAGAAUGUGUCCCUGAAAAUUCUGAUCUUGAAAAGAUACUGGGUAACAAUAUAACAAUAACUAGAUUCGGCAUAAUUUAAAAAAGUACAGUUUUUGUCGCCUAGGCUUCUUUGAUGUGGUGGGAAAAUGUGGCCUGUAUCAGGUGCACAUGGAAACAAAAUCGUACUGGUGGUCUGAUAAUAAAUUCCAAAUUUGCUUGAGAUGAAGUCCAAAAGCAAGUGUCAAUUUUACAAAUGCAAAGAAAAACCUAAAGUGUCUGAUGACAUGUUGCCAUUGCAUUUGUAUCAUACCCGCUAGCACAGAAACUGGCAAAUCUGAAGCAUUUGUUGUUUUAAGCAGUGAAAUACGAACUGUUUUAGGACAAAUACAGUUGAUUUCUUGUGUACAGAGUGACUUUUAAAGGCUUUAAUCUGUGUAUAUAUAAACUUUCAUCUCCAAAAUGGUGUUUGAAAUAUGUGUAAUGUUACAAAGUUAAACUUUUAUCAAAGGCAUUUUAAAUUUGUUUCCUGUUCUCUGUACUCCGUUCCUUGUGGCAUCAAAAAGAAA